GUGCAGCAGUGGCCAAGCUACCAGUGACUGUCCCUAAAAAGUAAACGAAGCACACUUCCUCAGCCCUCGUCACUUGUAAUGGCCUGCACAAAGGCCAUACGGUACAGCUCUGAUACAGAAAAGAAGUUUCGCUAGUGCACGCCAACGCCGCUCUUGGGUCGGGCGCACUGGCGUGCUGGCAUGCGGGAAUGCGCGUUCGGCCCUUCAGACCCGCAGCAGCUGCAGCUACAUCACGGAAGCUUAAGACAACGACAACAGACCUAAGCGGAUCCGGCCAACUGGGCAUUGGCUGGCUAAUAGCGUCAACCCGCCUUGGGGCCACAGAACCCUAGUCGACCAGAUGCUCGCACCACCUCGCACUCCAAGGGCGCCAACCUCAACAUCGGCGCCCUCACCGUCCGCGGCCCUCCACCACAGCGACCAAAGCGCUUUCCCAAGCCAGGAUGCUACAAUGGUGGGCGGUGGAGCUCCUGCUUCUGGGCCGCUGGACGCGGAGACGACGCACCACCACCACCUGCCAAUUCCGAACCCGUCCGCACCCCACAGCCCGACAGCGGCGGUGCCAGCCCCACCUUCCCCAGACCGACCUCCUGCCUCAGACCGCUUGCAACAACAUCACCCGAACGCACAUCUACACGUCCACCACGACCCCUCCCACGUGUGGAUCCCGGAGCUGAUUGACCGCAUCGCAGCCCACCUGCCCAACCCCAACCAGGUCCCGCUCUGUCUGCGCCUGGUGAACACGGCCGCCGCCACACACCUGCGCCGCCGCCGCGACCUGAAGGUGCGACUGUCGCUGCCGGUGCCGCAUGCCGAGUUCGUGUGGCGCUUCGGCGGCGGCGGCAGUCGCGCCGCGGAUGGUGGUAGUGGCGGUGACAGCGGCGGGUGUGCAACGGUUCACAGCAAGGAGCAGGUCGUUGACGGCUGCGGAGGAAGUGCAGGCGGCGAUGGCCUGCCGCAACCCCACACAACAAGCUGGCAGGUUCGGCAGUUGCUGCCACUGGCGGCCCGCAGCGGCGCUGUGGAGAACCUGCCAGUAGCUGCCGCCGCGCUGCGGGCCGCCUUCACGCCGCCGCCCCCAACUCCGUCGCCACCGUUGGCGCCCCCGGCCGCAAGCGCAACGCCGGGAAAUAACAGCGGCAGUGGCACUGGCACCGACAGCGGCAGUGAUGGGCCGGCGGUUGUGUCUAGUGCUGAUGUGGUCACUGGAGGAGGAGGAGUGCUGCUGUCGGCGGCGGCGGGAAGCGGCUCGGCGGCGGCACUGUCACCUGGAGAGCAGGUGGUGGCGGCAGUGGGCUCGGCGGCGGUUGCGGAGGCGGCGGGUGCGGGCCAUUUGGCGGCGGCGGUGUGGCUGGUGCGGGUGGGCGGCUUCGCGGCGACCAAGACGGCGCUGGAGCGGGCGGCGCGAGCGGGCGAUGAGGCCAUGUGCAGGUGGCUGCUGGGCGCUGAGGGCUGCUGCCCCUGGACCUUUGCGGCGCCGGCGGCGGCACUGCGGGCGGGGCAUGCGGUCCUGGGCGAGUGGCUGAUGCGGCGGCGGCCUUGCGGAGCCGGCACCGGCCCAGGGGUGCCGAUGUGCGCGUCCCUUACCUCCCUGUCCCUGUCGUCUUCCACCCCGUCUCCGUCCCUGCCGGCGCCGGCAGCAGCCUGCAGCAACAGCGGUGGCGGGGGAGGGCCCGAUUGUGGCAACAGCGGUGGCGGGGGAGGCGGAGGUGGCGAUGGUGGCGAUGACGGGCCGGCGCCGCAGCGGCCGGGUCAGGUGCUGGGCGGGCGGCGCACGUGGUUGGACGGCGUGAUGGCGGCGGCGGCACGUGGGUGCUGCCUGCAGCAGCUGGUGGGGCUGCAUGAGCGAUGGCUGGACAGCCGCGGCGCCACGAUUGAGGGCCCCGGCGCCAACCUGGUGCUGGCGGCGGCGGCGGGCUCGCCCACAGCCGACUGGGCUGACAAGGUGGUCUGGCUAGCGAACGCGGGUUAUUGGAGUGGCACUCCAGCAGCGGCGGCGGCGGCGGCGGUGCCGGGUGGCUGGGAGCGCAUUGAGAGGCUGCGAGGUCGCGGCUAUGCGGUUGGGCCGGAUGCGGUGGAGGCGGCGGCGCGGGCGGGGCAGUUGGACGUGCUGGACCACUUGCUGCGCGGUGAGUGGCGGCUGCAUUUGGGACCGGCGGCGGUGACGGCGGCGGCGGCGAUGAACGCGGCCGUCGGCGCGGGGCAGUUGGCGGCGCUGCAGCUGCUGGUGGCGGCGUGCGGGUGCAGGCCACAGGAGAUGCACCUGAUGCGGGCAGCCGCGGGCACUGAUGUAUCAGUGCUCACAUGGCUGCUGGACCAGGUGGGGCUCCGCCUCGUGUCCACAGCCGGCAUUGGCACAGGCACUGACGUAACAACACACGCAGCGCCAGCCCCAGGUGCGGUGCCCGGGGCCGUUCCCGCGGCCCCACCGGGUGCCGCCGCCGCCGCUGCAGGCGCAGGCGCGGCCGCCGUCGCUGGCGGCGGCGGUGCCGCCCUUGAAGGCCCCAUCUCCGCGGAUGAGUUGCUGCGUGUCGCCGCCGGCUCCGAGGCUACCGCCGGCAGCACCGCAGUCCUGCAGGCGCUGUGGGACUGGAGCUGGAGCGGCGUUGGCGGCAGCGGCGGCACCUACGGGGACAGCGGCGACGGCGACGGUGGAGGCGGAGGAGGAGCGGGAGGAAGCGGCGACUGCGGCGGCGGCGGAGCAGCAGGAGGCGGCAAUGGCGCUGUCGGAGCUGCAACUAGCCGCUUGAGUGCUCCGGCAGGCGGUGCGGGCCCCACGGAUGGCGAUUGGGGGCGUGCGGCGCUGCGGUGCGCCUGGCGCUCCCAGGCCCUGUUCGCGGCGGCUGUGGCGGCGGGCAGUGAGGAGAAGGCGGCGUGGCUGGCGGAGCGGGGCUGCGGCAUGCCGGCCGACGGCAGUCCCUACGUGCACGCCGCCGCCACCUUUGACCAGCUCAUGCUGUGCCGCCUGCAGCAUCUGGGCUGUAGCCCUGGGCUGCACAGCAUUGCGCUUCCCGGCAGUGGCACUGUAGCAGAAGCUGUGCUGCGGUGACUGGCAGCGGUAGCAAUAGCAACAGCAGCCCUCAUGCGCGUGCGGCUCUCGGGGUCUGAGCAGCAUGCUCAACGGCGCCAGUGGCUCUAGCGCUGGCGGAAUGCUCGACAGUCCUACAAGCGGCCUUGUACCAGACGCUGCCGCCGGCAGUGCGGACCCGUAGGCCCUGGGGCGCCCGUGGUUGAUGGCUGGGGGCGGAGGCGGAGGCGGAGGCACGCGGUGACGCGGCAGACCUCACGAAAAGGGGGGGAGCGAGCGCGGGGCCUGAGGGCGUGCCACAACGAGGCACACAUAAUGAAGUGGUGGUGUGGCGCCUAGAGACGUGAGAGCGGGGCUCACCAGUACAGCUGCGUGUGGUGGGUGGGCGGUUGGUUUCCGGGCGGUGACUAAAUCAUGCUGCGGGAUGACCUGAGCCUUGCGUUUUAGUUGUGGUGCAAUCCUGUGUCGCCUGUUUGCCGUUCACUCCAUUGGUGAAUCUUCACCGUGAAGGCGCAACCGUGCUAGUUCCGGACAAUGUGACAUGUCUCGUUGGGGACUGAAGGAGGCAGCGGGUCUAACGGCCGGGGGCACUGUUCGACACGCCGAAGUGUGGUUGCGGAGUGCGGCACAGCCAGUUUGCAGCAGGUCACGUAACUGCAAGGAAAGCGCUUAAGAUGACUGGCACAUGUGCGUGGUGGUGAUUGGCGUUGCCAGGCGCGGUUCCCUACGGUCGUCGAAUUACGCGUGGAUGGAUGCCCAGCUUUUCUGAGCAGGAGCUUCCGCUGACCGGUGCAGCAGGUUGAAGUCCGCACACAUGCAGCUAUGCAAUGCCACGAGCUGUCUGGCGACAAGGCAACGAUGCGGAAACCGAGGAACACGGCAAGAAAGCAAACUUUCACAUUGCCGAAGUCUCGUGCUGUAGCGAUAUACUCACGUUGUACUUAACAUAGGAUUUGCUUUUGGAGAGCAAAAACACCUCGAUAUCUGAGA